CUUUGGAGAGCUGAUGUGGCAGUAGCGUUUUAGAGGAGAUUCCGUGAUGCUUCAGCAGAAGUGGCUGAGCAAGCCUAUGGAAUAGCUUGCUGCCAAGCAGAAAAAGAGAAAAAAAAAAAUGUUUUUUGGUUUAUUUCUCUCUCUCAACGUCGCUGAAAAGGGAUUUCAAGAGACCCGUGGCAGAACAACGCGACCCGCAGCCAGUGGAGGCCCGACGUGCCCGCGGGCCGGGCCGGGCCAGAAUAGGCCGGGGCAGCCGGCCGGGCCCCGCCGAGGGGCUGACAGCGGCCGGGGGCUGCCGGGGGCCCCCUGCCGGGCCCGGUGCCCGCGGCCGGCGGAACGCAGCGGCGAGCCCAGGUUGCGGCGGGCCGCUUUGAGGCGGGCACAGCACGGCGCGGCGCGGCGAGCCGCCGGGGCGGCAUGAGGGAGCUGGCGGCGGGCCUGAAGAUGGAGGGCGACAUCUUGGACGCGCUGGAGGCCCUGGGGUACACAGGUCCUCUUUUGGAGGAGGAAGCCCUGAACAAAGCAGUGGAAAAUGGAUUGUCUUCACCAGAGUUUUUUGACCUUUGUGUUUGGUUAGGUUCCCAAAUAAAGCCACUUUGUAACAUGGAAGAAAGCAUCACGCCAACAGAUGGUGAUAAAGACAUAGAGAGCUUCCAGCUUGAGAUUAGUGGCUUUCUGAGAGAAAUGGCUUGUCCGUAUUCAUCACUUAUAUCUGGAGACAUAAAGGACAGAUUAAAAGAGAAAGAAGAUUGUCUUAAACUCCUCUUAUUUCUAAGUACAGAACUCCAAGCUUUGAAGAUAUUGCACAGCAAGAAAAGUAAAGGUUCUCCUUUGGAAAAGCACAAUGAAAUUUAUCGGGAAGUACAAGCUAUUUGUGAUGCACUGGGCCUGCCAAACUCAUCAUCUGAUAUUCCUCCCUUGUUAACCAAUGUGGAACAAAAGAUAAAGGACGUUCUCUCAAAAGUUCAAAAAAACCAUGUGGGGAAAUCACUGCUAACAAAACCUCUGAAUUCUGAUCAAGUGGAAAGAUUGGAAAAAAUCAAUGAUGCUCUUCGCAGUGAGUAUGAAUGUCGUCGUCGUAUGUUAAUGAAGAGGCUAGAUGUGACAGUGCAGUCUUUUGGCUGGUCUGAUAGAGCAAAGGUAAAGACAGAUGACAUAGCACGCAUCUAUCAGCCCAAGCGCUACGCAUUAUCUCCAAAGUCAACGAUAACAUUAGCUCAUCUUCUUGCUGCUCGAGAGGAUUUAUCAAAGAUCAUAAGAACAAGUAGUGGAUCAACACGGGAAAAUACAGUCUGUGCUAUCAACAAGGUUCUUAUGGGGAGAGUACCUGAUCGUGGAGGCAGACCAACAGAGAUUGAACCACCUCCUCCUGAAAUGCCUCCUUGGCAGAAAAGACAAGAAGGUGGUGGAAGAGGUGGCUGGGGAGGUGGUGGAGGUGGUGGUGGAAGGGGCGGCUGGGGUGGCGGAGGGGGUCGAGGAGGGGGAGGAGGAGGAGGUGGUGGUGGUGGUUUUGGAGGUGGGGGUUUCCGAGGUGGUGGAAGAGGUGGAGGUGGCUUCCAAGGUGGCAGGGGUGAUUAUGGUGGCAGGGGAGGCUAUGGUGGCCGGGGAGGUUACGGGGAUCCAUAUGGUGGAAGAGGAGGUGGAGGAUACCGGCGAUACUAAAAAAAAAAAAAAAAAAAAAAAAAAAAAAACUGUAAAUACUAAGAGUAACUGGCAAAAUAUAGUGGUGGUGUUUACUGGUAAUCAGGAAUUUAGCUAUGGUACCUUUGGUUUAGGUUAGUUUUAUGUAUGACCAUAUGAACCAUCGCAUUAGACCAACUGAUGUUGUCAUUGAAUUAUUUUAGUUAACUGAACAGAAGUUUUAUACUAAAAUAUUACGACUAGAAUACUUGUUUUUCGUACUGGUCAUGUUUUUUUAUUAUGUCCUCUUAUUUAAAAUAAGCCUCAGAAAACUGAAUAAAAACAUUUUUAAAGAAAAAAUAAUUUUUUGAUGUUCAGGCCUCUCUAAUUAUUGCAUGUUGCAUGUCCAUUCCCCUGCUCCUAAGGCUGUAUAGAAGGGAGAGAGAGGAAAAAAAAAAGGCCUAAGAACCAGAGGGAAACACUUUCAGAAGAAUGCUACUUUCAGGCUUUUCUCUUCAUCCAGUUUUCUUAUCAGACGUGUAGAAGAAUUUUGAUGUUAAAACCCUUAAUGCUUUGAUCAGAAUUAUUCAGUUAGGUUACUUAUUCUUCCAAAGCUUAUCAUAAAAGUAAUAUUUUGAAUUACUACUCUACAGAAACUAAUAAAAUUAGGUAGUUUUGUGCAUUCAUAAAUAUAUUGGAGACUAAUUGAAGGUCAGAGUGUGUACCAUAAAAUCAGAAUUGUUGUGACUUUUUUUUAAAUGUUUAUUAUAAUUUUACCUGCUUUCCAUGUUAUUGAGGUUUCAUAAAAGUAUUUUAAGAUCAGAUUGAGUUGGAAACUUGUGCAACCAUCAUGUCCAGUGGGCAUUCAUUCCUGUUGCAUCAGCCUUUAAAAAUAAAGGUUGGGUAAAGCUGAGCUUCCUGAGAAAGAACGUGCCAUUUCUUCUUUUUUUUUCUUUUUUCCCUCCUGCUUGAUAAGGUAUCUCAUACAAAAGUUGUUCUUCCCCAUUGAGUUCUCUGGAAAAAGUGCAAAGGCAAUUUUCAAAGAUUUUUCUUCUCUUAUUCUGCCAACCAAUUGGUCUGAUAACUUAAAAGAAAUUCUGUCUUGAUAUGAUAUGGGUAUCUUCUCCUUCACACAUAGUGCUACUCUAGAAGAAGAGCAUCUAGGUGAGGAGUUAGAUUUUGUAUAAUUAUGGCUGUAAAUACAUACAGGCAUGUUCACAGCUGUCAGUUAAAGAAGGCAAUUUCUGUUGUCCAGUUUCUUGAGACCUCCCCUGUUAUGAUGCCACCUGUGUGUAGAGGUGGAACAGGGAGACAAUGCCCAAGUGUAUAUUUGUGACGGUAUUUAUCAGGGUCACAUUACUGCAGAGAGAUUCAGGAAGGCAUCUGAAAAACCUGGGCAUGUGUGUUGAUGGCAUAGCACAGAAACCUUCCAGCACUUCCACUGAAUAUAUAGCUUAGUCUUAACUGCAGGUUGAAAUUUUAAGAUCUGAUUGUAGUUCAUGUUCCACAGUUAUGAGGUAUGUUUUGUUUUUUUUUUUUUUCCAUGAAUCUGCUGUUGGUGUCUGUAUUUGGUCUGCUUUCAAGUUGUUACUCUGUCUUCAGGGACACGUGCAUUGUGUCUCCAGUUACAGAGGCAGAUCUGUGCCUGAAUGUAAAGUUCUGUUUAAAAUCAGGAUUAUCUAUCACAUCCUUUAAAAGCCUGUGUAAGAUGUUAUUAAUUAGUCACCACCGAUGCAUUCAUUUGAAAUCUUAGUCUAGAUAAACUUGAAAAGUUUCCCUCCUGUAACGUCCCUGUAUGAUUGUUGUUUGUUCAAGUAUGUUGCUUUAUGAUGGGACUGAUAGAAUCUUAUCCACACUUGGGGUCCCAGCAGGUGCCUAACAAAGAAGGGCAGGAGUUUUCCUUGCUUGAACACAUUGGCUUGGAUGUAAACUCGGUACAAUGAGUUGACUCUGCUGGCUUAACUUCACCACCUGCUAGCAGUAUGGUCUCUAUCGCUUUUUUCCAUGCUCAUUUCUGUUGUCAGUGUCUGCUGUCAUUGCAGAGGUGCUCAUGGGUCAUGUGGGAGCAUUGCACUGGUUUUCUUGCUUUUGAGCUUGAUUUUUGUCUAGUGCUAUAGAACAGCUCAGUUCAUGACAUUCUUUGUGAGACUACUGGCCUUGGAACUGAGAAGUAUUGGUCAGCAGUGGAGUAGAAAGAGUAAGUUUUAACAAACAAAGCUGUAAUUUUAUUUCCUCAUCCGAAUUAUGUUAUUUUUGCUACAAGUAAUUUCUGAAUAGCAGCCGAACAUUUAGUAACACCAAGGAAAUUCGGAAGGUUUGUCUCUGCAUAAAAAUUUCAUCAGUCAAGAUCUGAAGUUGCACUGGCUUAGCUGAACUGUUUUAACUGUGGAUGUGCCUUGGUGCUUUUACACUCACCAGUUUAUGUAGUUUGUAACAGGCAGGGCAGUUCGGAAUGAAGUAGACCAUCAAGUAAACCAGCUGUGUGCCCACAUCCAAUUCUAACAGUUAAGUAUUCCAAUGUCAUAGUUCAAUUGUACUGAUGUAGACCACAUAGAAGACAAGAGUUUAAAUAGGAGGAAGUUUAGUUGGAGAUUUUAUUUUACUCAGGCCAUAUCAUUUUUUCUUGAAUAAUUCCAAAAUGCAAAGGCAGUAGUAGAAAAGUAAAGUAAGCACCACCAUAUUUCAUAGAGCUAUCGUUUUAUCAGUUUUCUUUACUGUCAGAAUGUAUGUUUUUAAUUUAUCAAAAGAUGCAAUAAUAACAUUAAAAUCAUCGAUUUAAACCUCUUCUCAAAUUUUUCUGUUUUAGUCCUGACAAAAAGUAUUUUUCAAAAAUUCUGUUGUAAUUUUUUUUUCAUAUAUAUGUUUGUGAGCAUUUUUGUGUUUAUUAAGACUUAGUGAAUGGUUUUGGUUGCUUGAGAAUUAGAAAAAAAAAGAUUUUCGUGUCAGGAUUUGAGAGACUUUUGUUAACAGCUGUAAACAGUGAGGAAUAAAGUACUGUAUUUAAAGUUA